AUGCAACACAAUGAUACAAGUUCAAAUAAUUUAUUUACAAAUAUUGAACGGUUAGGUACACGUUAUUUAUUAUCCUAUGGACAACUUUCAUAUAAUAUUAUAUUAACAUCAAUCCAAAGUAAUAAUACAUUACCAUUAUCAGUUAAUAGUUUAUUUGAUUGCUUAGUUUUUCAUCAUGGUUUUGAUUUAACAUUAUCAUUACAAAUUCUAAUUGAAAUAUAUGUAAUAUUAAUUAAUAGUAUAUUACUUGAACAAAGAACAAAAGAAUAUAAUGAAUUAUAUAUACAUUUAAUUGAACGUAAUUAUAAAUUAAUAACUAAAACUCAUGCAUAUGCAUCAUGUUUAUUCAUGAAGUUGAUUUAA